AUGCACAGCGCUAAUUGUACGCUUUGUGAUAAAAUAGAGGAACCUAUGGAAAACUCUUCGUACAAGAUCUUAGCCCUUUUUAAUAUCUUUUCUGGAGUUUUAUCUGUGGCAAGCAAUUUAUUGAUUUUAAUAGCAAUUUACAAUUUUUCUACUUUGAGAAAAGUUUCAAUUUUCUUCAUAUUAUCUCUCGCGGUGGCUGAUUUCUUAGUUGGCCUGGUAAUGAAUCCAGUUUACGCUUGGAUAUUCUUCGUAAACGCAGCUGAAGAGAAUCAUCCUUUAAGAGUUGCCGAACAUUGGUUAUGGCUUCAAGCGGUCGUGAUCUCAACUUUUACGUUGACUGCUGUUUCCAUAGAGCGCUAUAUUGCAGUGACAAAAUGCUUGCACUACCUCGAAAUUGUCACAGCGAAGCGUUGUUUGUAUUGUGUCGCAUUGACAUGGCUUUUCUCUAUCAUCUACGCUUCACUUCGCUUUUUCAUUCACCGGGCUAAAGAUCUACCUGCGUUAUGGAUUUCUACAACAGUGCUAACAGUGUUUAUUCCUUUCUUCAUCAUCUUGUACUGUUAUAUUUGCAUUUUCAAGGCUGCUAGAACUCAGUGUAUGCGCAUUGUUGCGGAUAGCAGCAGCACACAUGCGGCGUACUGCAAAGAAGUUCUUAAAAACAAGAAAGCGGCCUGGACUUUGUGUAUUGUGAUUGGUUUGUUCGCGUUGUUAUGGAGUCCCAGUUUUAUACUGUCAUUAUGGGACAGUAUGACCGCUGAUCCAUGCGACAGACGGUGCGUAAAUUAUCUCUGGUUCUGGGCAAGCUUUUUGUCAUUCACAAGCUCGUUUUGUAAUCCUUGCAUUUACUCCAUACGUAUGAGAGAAUUUCGGUUAGCGUUCUUCAAAAUACUGCGCAUCAACCAUGCGUCAACAAACAAAGAAGCUUAA